AGAUGUCGGCUUGGUCAUGUGAUCAGCUGUGUCCAAUCACAGUUGAUCACAUCAUUCCUCACAGGGCACUGAUGAUCAGUGUAGCCCCAGCAGUGCCACCUGUCAGUGUCCAUCAAUGCCAGCUGUCAGUACUCAUCAGUGCCACCUGCCAGUGCCCAUCAGUGCAACAUAAAUGCCACAUAUCUGUGCCUACCAGUGCACAUCAAUGCCACAUAUUAGUGCCCACCUGAGCUGCCUUUCAGUGUCACCUAUCAGUGCCAGUCAGCAUUGCCUAUCAGUGCGCAUCAGUGCCGCCUAUCAGUGCCCGUCAGUGCUGCCUAUCAGUGCCGCCUAUCAGUGCCAUAUAUGAGUGCUGCCUUUCAGUGCUACCUACCAAUGCCUCCUCAUCAGUGCCCAUCACUGCAGCCUCAUUAGCGCACAUCAGUG